CUUAGGGUCGCGCGCCCGACACGGCGGCCUCCCCUUUCCGGGCCCCCCCGACGCCAUGGCCCCGUCUCACCACCGCCUCAGCCUCUUCCUUGCCGUCGCCGCCACCAUUGCCGCAGCGCUGCUAGCUUCCGUCGCUGCGGAAAACGGCAUGAACGACGUUGAGGCGCUGAUGCAGCUCAAGAAGUCCUUCACCAACUCCUCGUCGCUCUCGUCGUGGCUCAUUACCGAUAAGGACGGGAACAGGUCCCCCUGCGCGCCGGACUCGCACCACUGGCACGGCGUGGUGUGCUCCCAUGGAGUGGUCACCGGCCUCCGCCUGAACGGCCUCAAGCUCGGCGGCACCAUCGAAGUCAACUCGCUCGCCAGCUUCCCGCGCCUCAGGUCCAUCUCCUUCGCCAGUAACAACUUCUCCGGCCCACUCCCCGCCUUCCACCAGAUCAAGGCGCUCAAGUCGAUGUACCUCUCCAACAACCAGUUCACCGGCAGCAUCCCCGACGACUUCUUCGUCAAUCUCAGCCACCUCAAGAAGCUCUGGCUCAAUGACAACCAGCUCUCCGGCUCCAUUCCAGCUUCCAUCUCACAGGCCACGUCCCUCCUCGAGCUCCGCCUCGAUCGCAACGCCUUCACGGGGGAGCUCCCCUCCGUGCCUCCGCCGGCGCUCAAGUCGCUUAACGUAUCUGAUAAUGACCUUGAGGGCGUCGUCCCGGAGGCGUUCCGAAAGUUCGACGCCAGCAGGUUCGCCGGCAACGAGUACCUCUGCUUCGUGCCGACCCGCGUGAAGCCGUGCAAGCGCGAGCAGCCUGUCACCAGCUCGUCCAGGCGGGCUAUCAUGGUGCUCGCCACGUUGCUUCUCUCGGCCUUCGUGAUGGUCAUCGCCCUGCACUUGUGCAGCAGCCAGCCUAGCAGCAGCCGCCGUGCCCGCAAGCUCGACAUGGAGGGCCUCGAGGAGAAGUCGCCCGAGUACGUGGCCGUCAAGAAGGCGUCGUCGACACCGCAGAAGAGCUCCUCGUGGCUCGGGAGGAGGGCAGGGUCGUCGCUUGGUGGGCUUGGACACAGACGGGCCGCUUCUGCCGCGAAGGUGGACGAUCUAAGCAGCAGAUCCGCGGGGGAUCUGGUCAUGGUGAACGAAAGCAAGGGCGUCUUUGGGCUCACGGACCUCAUGAAGGCGGCGGCCGAGGUGAUCGGGAGCGGUGGGCUCGGGUCGGCAUACAAGGCGGUGAUGGCCAACGGCGUGGCCGUCGUGGUCAAGCGCUCCCGCGACAUGAACCGGGCGACCAAGGACGCGUUCGAAUCCGAGAUGAAGCGGCUCGGCGCGAUGCGGCAUGCCAACCUGCUGCCGCCGCUGGCCUACCACUACCGCAAGGACGAGAAGCUCCUGGUCUACGAGUACAUCCCCAAGGGCAGCCUGCUGUACGUCCUCCACGGCGACCGGGGCAUGGACUACGCGGCGCUGGACUGGCCGACGCGGCUCAAGGUGGCCGUCGGCGUCGCGCGCGGCACGGCGUUCCUCCACACGGCGCUCGCCGGCCACGAGGCGCCCCACGGCAACCUCAAGUCGGCCAACGUCCUCCUCGCGCCGGACUUCGAGCCGCUCCUCGUCGACUUCGGGUUCUCCAGCCUCAUCAGCCACAUGCAGUCCCCGAACUCCCUGUUCGCGUACCGCGCCCCGGAGUGCGCCGCCGGCCACCCCGUGAGCGCAAUGGCCGACGUCUACUGCCUCGGCGUCGUCCUACUCGAGCUCCUCACCGGCAAGUUCCCGGCGCAGUACCUCCAGAACGCCAAGGGCGGCACGGACCUCGUCGUGUGGGCCACGUCGGCGAUGGCCGACGGCUACGAGCGGGACCUGUUCGACCCGGCCAUCAUGGCGGCGUGGAAGUUCGCCCUGCCGGACAUGACGCGGCUCAUGCAGGUGGCGGUGGACUGCGUCGAGACGGACCUGGAGAAGCGGCCGGAGAUGAAAGAGGCGUUGGUGAGGGUGGAGGAGGUGGUGGCGACGGCUUUAGCCACGGUGAGGGAGAGGCAACAAGAUGGUAGCGGCAGCGAGGGGACGAUGAGCGCGCAGUCGGCAGACUCGGCCAGCAGAAGUUCGCACGCCUCGUACGUGCGAGAGGGGUCGAUACAGCGGAUGGCCAGCGUCGGCGAGCGGUCGUUGCGGCGAGGAAGCAACGACCCCUCGUACGGGUACGGCAUCUCGUAAGACGACAUGUGCAGGACAGCUAGUUGGCCAGUCAGAUUUUGUGUGUCAACCAUUUCUCCCUUGUUGCAUCCAUAUGCUACUGUAACAAUAUUCAAUUAGCAAUCGGAAAUGAGUUUGUACA